UCACCACCUUCUCACCUACCUGUAGUUGUUUCCUCUUGACUCGCCUCCAUUUCCUCAUUCAACACAGGAACCACACCGGAAAACUCUCUCAAUCUCCGAUAUGCCCGAAGAAAAAGAAGAAUCCACUUCCAUUCCUCUCAGCCACCCCGACAAUACCGGCGACGAUCCCGAGGAUUCUGCCAAGUCUCCCCCUUCCUCCAAUUCCUCCACUCGUGAGGCUUGUUGUUAUGUUCUCCAAAGUUGGGUCUCAAAGAAGUUUAUGACUGGAUGUGUUGUACUUUUCCCCAUAGCUGUAACAUUCUUUAUUACAUGGUGGCUUAUUCAGUUUGUUGAUGGUUUCUUCAGUCCAAUUUAUGAACGGCUUGGCAUUGACAUAUUUGGACUUGGAUUUGUCACAUCUCUGGUAUUUGUAUUCUUCGUUGGUGUUUUUGUUUCAUCAUGGAUAGGCUCCACUGUUUUCUGGCUUGGGGAAUGGUUCAUAAAGCGAAUGCCCUUUGUUAAGCACUUAUAUUCAGCAUCCAAACAAAUUAGCGCUGCAGUUUCUCCAGAUCAGAAUACCACAGCAUUUAAAGAGGUUGCAAUUAUCCGUCAUCCUCGUGUUGGUGAAUAUGCUUUUGGUUUCAUCACAUCUACAGUUAUCCUUCAGAAAGAUAAUGAAGAUGAAGAAUUGUGUAGUGUUUUUGUCCCAACAAACCAUCUAUAUAUUGGUGAUAUAUUCCUUGUGAACUCUAAGGACAUCAUAAGACCAAAUCUGUCAAUUCGAGAAGGCAUAGAGAUCAUCGUCUCUGGAGGUAUGACAAUGCCACAAAUGAUUACACCUCUGCAACGGAUUGCUAGACAAAGUGAAAGAAUUCCUUUGAACAGGAUUGUGUGAUGGCACCAAGCAAGAACCUAUUCUGCAGUUACUUCCAUUUCCCAUUGGGCUAAUAUUGAAGUGAUUUUUGUGGCCAGCAAAGCUUGGAUAAGGUUUGUUGUCUGUACAACUGAGCCUGAGCCUUAGGAUUGUUGUGUGCACUGUAAUUGGUGUCAAAUGAACAAAAAUUCCAUUAGAGUUGUAAAUGUAUUUAUAUACGAUUUCUCUUCAAAUCAAAUUGAGAUAUUAUUUAUCAAAAA